UUAUUUGGUUUUGUGAAAAGGCUACAGGUGGUGGGGCAUAUAAGUUCGCUGAUCUUUUCAAGGAAAGGCUGGGAGUCAGUAUAGAGAAAGAAGAUGAGAUGAAUUGUCUUGUUGCUGGUGCAAACUUUUUACUCAAGGCAAUCCGUCAUGAAGCUUUUACGCAUAUGGAGGGUCACAAGGAGUUUGUGCAGAUAGACCAGAAUGAACUAUUUCCAUAUUUGCUUGUGAACAUCGGUUCUGGUGUUAGCAUGAUUAAGGUUGAUGGGGAUGGGGAGUUUCAGCGGGUCAGUGGCACGAAUGUUGGAGGUGGUACAUAUUGGGGAUUGGGAAGGUUGUUAACUAAGUGCAAGAGUUUUGAUGAACUGCUAGAGCUCAGUCAGCGUGGAGACAAUAGUACCAUAGACAUGCUUGUUGGUGACAUCUAUGGUGGUAUGGAUUACUCAAAGAUUGGACUUUCAGCUUCAACAAUCGCUUCGAGCUUUGGGAAGGCCAUUUCAGAAAACAAGGAGCUUGAAGAUUAUAAGCCUGAAGAUAUCUCUCUAUCCCUCCUGCGAAUGAUUUCAUACAAUAUUGGUCAGAUAGCUUAUCUUAAUGCACUGCGUUUUGGACUCAAAAGGAUAUUCUUUGGAGGAUUUUUCAUACGAGGUCACGCUUACACUAUGGACACGAUCUCUUUUGCUGUUCAGUUCUGGUCCAAGGGAGACGCUCAAGCUAUGUUUUUGCGACAUGAAGGUUUCCUGGGAGCUCUGGGUGCAUUUAUGAGCUACGAAAAGCAUGGUUUAGAUGACCUGAUGGUCCAUCAGUUAGUGGAAAGAUUCCCGAUGGGUGCACCAUACAUUGGAGGGAAUGUUCAUGGCCCUCCGCUGGGAGAUUUGAAUGAGAAGAUAUCUUGGAUGGAGAAAUUUGUACGAAAGGGAACUGAAAUCACUGCUCCUGUUCCAAUGGCUCCACCAGCUACUACCGGCCUUGGAGGCUUUGAAGUUCCAUCAUCUAAAGGAGUUCUUCGACCUGAUGCGAGCAAAUUAAAUGUUGGGGUACUGCAUCUGGUCCCAUCUUUGGAAGUUUUCCCACUUUUAGCAGAUCCAAGAACAUACGAGCCAAAUACCAUAGACCUCUCAGAUCACGGUGAGCUAGAGUACUGGUUCACUGUAUUAUCUGAGCAUUUGUCGGACCUUGUUGACAAGGCAGUGGCUAGUGAGGGUGGAACUGACGAUGCAAAAAGAAGGGGUGAUGCAUUUGCAAGGGCAUUUUCAGCACACUUGGCUAGAUUGAUGGAGGAACCUGCAGCUUAUGGAAAGCUAGGACUCGCCAACCUUUUGGAGCUAAGAGAAGAAUGCUUGAGAGAGUUUCACUUUUUUGAUGCAUACCGAACCAUUAAACAAAGGGAGAAUGAAGCUUCACUUGCAGUUUUACCUGAUCUUCUGCUGGAGCUUGACAGCAUGACUGAGGAUAUGAGACUACUUACACUAAUCGAAGGUGUUCUUGCUGCAAAUAUCUUUGAUUGGGGAUCACGUGCCUGUGUUGAUCUCUAUCACAAAGGAACAAUUAUUGAGAUCUACAGAAUGAGUCGCAAGAAGAUGCAAAGACCAUGGCGGGUGGAUGAUUUUGAUGCUUUUAAAGAGAGAAUGUUAGGGUCUGGUGAGAGAAAGCCUCAGCCACAUAAAAGAGCACUGCUUUUUGUUGACAACUCGGGUGCGGAUAUUGUUUUAGGGAUGCUUCCCCUUGCAAGGGAACUUCUCCGGCGUGGAACUGAAGUUGUGCUGGUAGCGAACUCACUUCCUGCACUAAAUGAUGUUACUGCAAUGGAGUUGCCUGAUAUUGUUGCUGAGGCUGCUAAGCACUGCGAUAUUCUUCGAGGGGCAGCUGAAGCAGGAGGCUUACUUGUGGAUGCUAUGAGUAACAUCCAAGAUGGUUAUAAGGAAGAUACGCCUUCCGUUCCUCUGAUGGUUGUGGAGAAUGGAUGUGGCAGUCCAUGCAUAGACUUGAGGCAAGUGAGCUCAGAGUUAGCAGCUGCAGCCAAAGAUGCGGAUCUGGUAAUUCUGGAAGGGAUGGGCCGAUCUUUGCAUACCAACUAUAAUGCAAAGUUCAAAUGUGAUGCUCUAAAGCUUGCUAUGGUGAAGAAUCAGCGGUUGGCACAAAAGUUGGUUAAAGGGAAUAUUUAUGAUUGUGUAUGCAGAUAUGAACCAGCUAGCUAAAUCCUUCCCUUUUCAUGUAGUUCUAUUAAUUUCUGCGCACAGAACAGUCACCCCAUACUACGGUUUGAGGGCGAGGCGUCAACGACGAUGAUCAGUGGUCACAUUUUCUGAGAUGCUAAAGAGCAUCAUUAUAGAUGUAAACGAAUUCGUUAUUUGAAUAGAUUUUAUAAUGCAUUAAUCGUUUUAUUGUAGAUUGUGUUACUAAAUCCAAUGGAAGUCUUAAGAUAUUCUUUUCA